AUGGAGAAGCUUUCCUGCGGCACAAAAUGCAUCAAGUACACUCUCCAAAUAUUCAAUGCACUGGUUUUCAUACUCGGUGGCGUUAUACUCGGCUUUGGCAUUUAUUUUGUUGUGGAAGCAGAGAAGGAUGUUAAUGGACUAUAUGUUGGUGUUCCUGCCUUCAUCCUAACAGUGGGUGCGCUUGUCUUUCUUCUCGGAUUUCUGGGUUGCUGCGGAGCCUGGAAGGAGAAUGUCUGCUUGUUACGAACCGUAAUAUUUUUUUCAAAUAUCUUAACAAAAUGUGUUCAGUUUGCAGCAAUUAUCAUUAUUCUACUGAUAGCCGAAAUUAUUGGUGGAAUACUAGUCUUUGUCUACAGACAUAAGUUCGUCGACUUGCUAGGAGAUGGCAUUGCGGACACGAUUAAGGAUCUGAAAAAUUUGAGUAAGCCACAACAAGAGGCCACCAUGAAGACACUUAAUGAGCUGCAAGAAAAGCUCGAAUGUUGCGGAGGUCAUAAUUCCAGCGAUUGGAGUAAACCUCUUCCCUCCUCCUGCUGCGAAGACGAACCUACUGUCUGCUUAAAGCCAUACAAGCAGGGUUGCGCACAAGCCAUGUAUGAUUAUAUGAAGCAGAAAUCACUAGCCAUGGGCAUUAUCCUCUUUGUAAUGGCGGUCCUCGAACUUGGCGCAAUCAUUUCAGCCUGCUGCCUGGCCAAAAAGCUUGGCGAGUAUGAAAAACUGGAAUGUUGCGGAGGUCAUGGUGCUAGCGACUGGGGUACCCACUAUCCCCCCUCCUGCUGCGAAAACGAACCCAAUGUCUGCACAAAGCCAUACGAUCAGGGUUGCGCACAAGCCAUGUAUGAUUAUAUGAAGCAGAAAUCACUAGCCAUGGGCAUUAUCCUCUUUGUAAUGGCGGUCCUCGAACUUGGCGCAAUCAUUUCAGCCUGCUGCCUGGCCAAAAAGCUUGGCGAGUAUGAAAAAGGCUGCGCACAAGCCAUGUAUGAGUAUGUGAAGCAAAAAUCAUUAGCCGUGGGCAUUAUCUUAUUUAUCAUGGCGGUCCUCCAACUUGGGGCUAUCAUUGCCGCCUGCUGCCUGGCCCAAAAGCUUGGCCAGUAUGAAAAAGUCUAA